AUGUCUGAAGACAAUGAUAUUAUAGACGUUAUAUAUGAUCAAAUAACAAAUGAUUCUGGAAAUAAUGAUUCGGAAAGCGAUGAUGUAGAAUUUAUUAGUGAAUAUUUUAUUAAUCAUUCCGAAAAUGAAUAUGAAGAGGAAAAUAUCGAAUAUAGCGACCAUAAUUAUGCUAGUGAAGAAAAUAGUAUAACACCAGUUAAUUUUCGAAGCAGAAGUUCAAUAACAGUAACAUCGCAAAAUAGUGAAAUUAAAAAAAAAUUUCAAGUAUCAAAAAGAUUUUCGUCAAAUUCUGUAAAUCGUAAAAAACCAGCAUCCUUAAUGAAACAAAAUGAUACUAAAAUAUCAAUAAAUUGUCCAAUUUGUUUUAAUUCUACAUUAAAAAGACAACCAACAUCUACAAGUUGUGGUCAUAUUUUCUGUUAUUUGUGUAUAAGAAGAUGUCUUCUGGAUCGUAAAUUUUGUCCAAUUUGUAAAAAUCAAGUUGAUAUGAUCAAUAUUGAUGAUGAUGAUGAUAAUGAUGAUUAUAGUUAUUGA